AAUUGAAAUAGAAGGCUCUAGAACCCACGUACCUGUACUACGCAGUGCAUACCAAAUAAAGAGUAGGGCUCCCACAUCCUCCAUUUCCGUUUCUAGAUUUUUCUUUUUUUCUUUGAGAAUCUACAGUCUACUUCUCUACACUCAAUCUUUUUCUCUCUCGUUAGGCUUGUUUGGUUUUCGUGCUUUUCUGAAAAAAUGGACGAGGAUUUCGAUAUGCCACCGCCGGAGGAGAUGAACGACGACUUUGAUCUGCCCGGCGAAGCUCCCGUUCUCAAGGUUGGCGAGGAGAAGGAGAUCAGCAAGCAAGGCUUGAAGAAGAAGCUCCUCAAGGAAGGUGAAGGCUGGGACAACCCUGACAAUGGCGACGAGGUUGAAGUUCAUUAUACGGGGACUUUGCUCGAUGGAACUCAGUUCGAUUCUAGCCGUGACAGGGGGACGCCGUUCAAGUUCACUCUUGGACAAGGGCAAGUCAUCAAAGGCUGGGACCAAGGUAUUGUAACAAUGAAGAAAGGUGAAAAUGCUCUUUUCACAAUUCCUCCGGCACUAGCUUAUGGAGAGUCUGGAUCCCCUCCAACUAUUCCUCCCAAUGCCACAUUGCAAUUUGACGUGGAGUUGCUCUCAUGGACUAGUGUGAAGGACAUAUGCAAGGAUGGUGGUAUAUUCAAAAAAAUUCUUACUGAAGGAGAGAAAUGGGAGAAUCCAAAAGACCCUGAUGAAGUGUUAGUUAACUUUGAGGCUCGGCUUGAGGAUGGAACACUCAUUGCAAAAUCGGAUGGCGUUGAAUUCACUGUCAGAGAGGGUUAUUUCUGCCCUGCAUUGUCAAAGGCUGUUAAAACAAUGAAGAAGGGAGAGAAGGUGCUUCUAACUGUGAAACCACAAUAUGCCUUUGGGGAGAAAGGCAAACCAGCCACUGGUAAUGAAGGGGUCGUUCCACCUAAUGCGACUCUGCAAAUCACUCUAGAAUUGGUGUCAUGGAAAACUGUCACAGAAGUAACUGAUGACAAAAAGGUCAUUAAGAAGAUCCUGAAGGAGGGUGAGGGAUAUGAGCGUCCAAACGAUGGAACUCUUGUGAAAGUGAGAUUGAUUGGGAAGCUGCACGAUGGUACAGUAUUUCUGAAGAAAGGACAUGGUGAUGGAGAAGAUAUUUUUGAGUUUAAAACAGAUGAAGAGCAAGUUAUUGAUGGGCUUGAUAGAGCUGUCUUAACAAUGAAGAAGGGUGAGGUGGCACUCUUGACCAUUGCUCCUGAAUAUGCAUUUGGUUCAUCCGAGUCCCAUCAGGAGUUGGCAGUGGUACCGCCUAACUCUACUGUUUACUAUGAGGUCGAGCUGGAAUCUUUUGUCAAGGAGAAGGAGUCGUGGGAUAUGUCCACUGAGGAGAAAAUUGAAGCGGCAGGUAAGAAGAAGGAAGAAGGAAACGUUUUAUUCAAGCUGGGUAAAUAUGAGAGAGCUUCCAAGAGAUACGAGAAGGCUGUGAAGUACAUCGAGUAUGAUACCGCCUUUAGUGAAGAGGAUAAGAAAAAGGCCAAGACCUUGAAAGUUGCAUGCAAUCUCAAUAAUGCAGCUUGCAAGUUGAAGCUGAAAGAUUACAAACAGGCUGAAAAAUUGUGCACUAAGGUAUUAGAAACUGAGAGUAAAAAUGUGAAGGCGCUGUAUAGAAGAGCUCAGGCAUAUAUUCAGCUGGCAGAUUUGGACUUAGCUGAGCUAGACAUCAAGAAAGCUCUUGAGAUUGACCCUGAUAACAGGGACGUGAAGUUGGAGUACAAAGCCUUGAAGGAGAAAAUGAAAGAAUACAAUAAGAAGGAGGCCAAGUUUUAUGGCAACAUGUUUGCGAAGAUGACUAAAUUGGAGUCUGCCUAAUCAAAU